CCGCCCCUUCCUUUCCCCCCUCUUCUCCACCUUUCUCUCACGAAGCAGGACGAAGGCACACCCUCUCGCUCGAGCUGUCUUGCUUCAUAAGAGUACUCGACGGAUCCCUCUAGGCCAGUUUGACGCGAACGACACUCUGUUUCCCAGCAGGUGCUGAUCCCUUGCUGGUAUGGCUCCCUCCAAGAAGAAACCAAAGACCCCAUCGAAGGCGGCGGACAGCAGCACUGCUGCGGAAGCUUCCACGCCCGCGAGUUCUCCCUCGCAAGCGACGUCGAGCCGCGUUGCCCCGAAGCCUGGGCAGCAGGCACAGCUGUCCGCCGACCACGCCAAGGCUGCGACGGUGUCCUUGCGGCCAAAGAGGAACGCAGAAAAGAAGAAGUACGACGACAGCGAGGACGAUCGACCCCAGCACCUGAGCGCGAAGCGGUCUAAGAAGAAGAAGGCCGUGAGGGCAGAAUUGGGGAUCCAAUCCCUACGGUCGGGAAGAGACGCGAGGAAGCUGACCUGGCAGUAUCGCAUGUGCGGGAUGGGAGAGGAGAGGUUGCCGAGGAUUGAGGAGGAGGAGGAGAAGGAGGAGGAGGAGGAGGAGGAAGAAGAAGAAGAUGAUGGAGGCGAGGAUGCCGCAAACGACGGGAAACAGGGUGCUGCUGCAGCCGCCGCCGCCGCCGCUCCCGCCGCCCCCACGGCUAGCGUUAGCAUAGGCGUCGGCAGGCAGCGCCGGAGCACGGCGGGCAUGAGCUGGCGGCACGCAUUGGACGACGACGACGAGGAAGAGGAGGCGGAAGAGAAGCGCCGCCGCCGAAAGCAAGACGGACGCGGCCGGCGGCAAGAGGUUCGUAAGCGGCAGCAGCAGCAGGACGGAGGGCGCGGGCGCCAGCAGCAGCAGAAGAGGCGGGGGAACGGCGGACCGUCGGAUGAAGGUGUGGUGUGGGUGCAGUGCGACACGUGUAAGAAGUGGCGCAGACUGCCGGACUUCGUGGACCCGGACCAGCUCCCCCUCAAGUGGCACUGCGAGAUGAACAUCUACGACGUGGCCAGAGCCAACUGCAGAGCCAAGCAGGAGUCCUCGACCGCGACCCUGCUAGAAGCGGAACGGAAAGUUCGGCAGCAGAAGCGGCGCCAGCAGCAGCAGGAGAGGGAAGAGGAGGAGGACGAGGAGGAGGAGGAAUCGGACGAGGAAAGCAGGGCCAAGGACGCUAACCUCCGCCGUUUCCUCUCUGGUUGGGCACGCCGCAUAAAGUGUGCGGAGAAGGCGAAGUCGAAGCUGGCUCCCUCCAUGUCCACCCGCGGGAAGCGCAAGGCCCCUUCGCAGGCCCAGUGGGUUAGGUGUCAGAACUGCGGAAAGUGGAGAGCGCUCCUGAGGUGCAUGGAUGCCUCGCUCUUCCUGGGGCAUGGACAGCAAUUCUACUGCCUCAUGAACACGUGGAACGAGUCCCUGGCGAGCUGUUCCGCCCCGCAGGAGAACCAGUACACCGUCGAGGCGCUCUUCCCCCCCCCGGAGCCAGCACCCUCCGACAGUGACCACGACGACGCCGCCGCCGCCGCCGCCGGCCACGGCAUGAACCGACUAUAACUACGAAUUCAGCCCCGGCAUCAGGCACGGCGCUUCUCCCAGAGCGGGGGGGCGGGGGGNGGGGGGGGGGGGGGGGGGGGGGGGGGGGGGGGGGGGGGGGGGGGGGGGGGGGGGGGGGGGGGGGGGGGGGGGGGGGGGGGGGGGGGGGGGGGGGGGGGGGGGGGGGGGGCCGAGCGCGAGGGAUGGUACCAUGGCGACGAAUACUACUGAGUGUGUCCGGGGGGGUCGAGCUGGCAUCCGUUGCCCCCACACGCAGCCGAAGCGACCGUCGCUGCUGCUGCUGGUGUUGUUUCUCCCGGGGCGUGAGGUUUGAGUCCGUGGGUACUGGGCGGGCGAAGCGGCGGCGUCAAGCGCAGUCGUUGGUGAUGGUGGUGCCUCUUGACUCCGAUGGAAGAAAGGUGGAAAACGACAGCAAAGACGGUCAUGCCACACCUGGCUAGCGCCGCGUGGAGCUGCCUCCCCUUAUAAGACCCAGCGUCGAAUUUGGGUGGGUGGGUGCAGUUGGUGCUUUCCGCCGCCGUGAAUGGUGUGAGUGGCUCCCCUCCUUGGCGUCGGAAAUCUGCAUCGCUUGCUCUCGUCCACAAUGCCCGUAGACUGGUUCGGUCAAAAGGCCGCCACAGUCGGCACUAAUGAGCCGGUGUUCGGCCUAAACAAUCAACACUCUCGAAUGGGGGUGGGGGGGGGAGGGGGGGGGAAACAGAGAUUGUGCGGUCCCUUGGUGUUCUGCCACCUGGGGUCGGUAUGGUAGUCUUGGGAAAGUUUGAGUAACCUGUGGUGAACCUCGGACCUUGCAAGCCUUGUGAUGCGGGCGUUUUGGAGUCCGAACGUCUUGAAAAGAGUGUAAACCCCCCUCCAACACACGGGAGUUGUAAAGGGAGUAGGGCUAGAUAGGGCGUGGCUCUUUUAUUCCGCUUGCUGCGGGACAAAGAGACAGAGCUUCGCCGAAGCUUUGAAGUGGCUUGGACGCGCAGUGAAGGGUGGUCGCACGUGCCAGCGUCACGUAGCGUGCGCCUCAGAUUGUUUGCAUACGCUACAGCGAUAGCGACGAGGGGCAGGGAGAAGGGUGAUGGGUGUUCGGUAGUGGGGAAGUUUCUAUACCAUAUAUCUUUACUCUAGAGGCGUAGCAAGUUGCAUAUAUACUUCGUAUUGUGCGGGGGCAAUGGCCCACCACGAACCUGUUGUGUUAGGUGCAACUUUUGGCGCUGCGGCUAUCAAACCUUGCCAUUUCUUUUGUCAAAACCUUAGCACCACUUUCCUAGAACGGGUAACCCCGCGAGAGCCUGUGUCGUCUAGUAUCCACAGAAGAUCCGUGUUUGUUUAUUAGCUUGUGCUUUUGUCUCCUGUGCGGGUUGAAGACGUUGUCACCUUGGUUGUGAAAGCAACAAGGAGUGUUAAGAAUGUAUUCGCCUAUACAGAUGCUCUUGUUCUUAACACCAACUGGCAUCACUGAUAACUCAGUGUAAGGCUUACACAAACUUAAAAUAAGCCCAGUGUCCAGUCGGUUUCAACCCACUUACUGAAAAUACUUCACCACAUCCCUUUCGACUGAGGUUAUAUAUCGAACGGGUAGUCUUCCUGUGAGGUUAUGUUUAGACUACUUUAUAAAUUAUAGACUUUUUACAUGAGCACAAGCUCGCUUUGCCGCGUCGGACUUAACCUAAGUGCUCGUGCAAGACAGUGAUGCCCGGCAUUUCCUCCGUCAGACUUCUGCAGUAAGUGUAGGCAAAGCUGGGCAGGGUCAGGUGGCGCUUUGCCGGUACGGUUUUUCAGGGGGUUGGACUGACCAUUCGGUACGGAAACACCGUCAUGCAUAGCAGCAGCGGGUGUUGGUCUCCUCCGGUUGGCACGUUGCGGCCCGUGAAUUGAUUAUUAUGUGUCAAGGAGUGGUGGUUCGAAGUAGUGCUUCGAGAGAGCAGUGUUCUUUCGUGUGGUGAGGUGUAUUGUUGUCUUGACCAAAGUUGGCGGCCGGUUAGGCGUGUUGGUGGAAGGAGUACUUUUUUUGCUUCUAUUGACGUUGACACAUGCGUACAGAAGCGGCUCGAUAUGUAGCCAUACACACGAGCCGGGGCAUGACAUUUCCUCC